UUUUGAACACAAGUCGGGCCAAUAUCUCAACUUUAAAAUCGAAAGUGUUUCUUCACUUUUUUUCUCACUUUCUUUUCCAAUAUCUCAAACAAAGCUUUUGUUACCUUCUCCUUUUCCUGUUUCUUUCCCUUUAUCACAAGGGAAAGAGAAAGUGGGAGGAAAUAAAUGUGGAACACCAACGGAAAUUACAGAACGGCCAAAGCAAGAACAAGAAAUCAAUGCCACAGACGAAAUAAAUGGAACACCAACCCAAGUUACCCAACAGCCACAGCAAGAAGAGAUCAAUGUCAGACACCGAGUCACAGACGAGUCAGGCCGACUCGUUCUACUCUCCCCUCCGAUCAGAUUCCCCAUUCCGCUCCGUCGGCCCCGACAAGUGGCCGGAAAAAUCACCGCCGUCCAAGGCGAUCGUGGCCGUCAACAAGUACAACUUGCCUGUCCGGUCUCCGACUCAGAACCACCGUAAAGCUUUCGCUCCGCAGGAGAAUUUGAAUCCGCCGGCGGGGAGUUUACCGCCCCCGCCACCGCCGUUAAUGGUGGUUAAUCGGGCGGUGAGGGAUGAGGUGGCGGCGGGGGUUACGAAGGUGGGUCCAACAAUGGUAGAGGAAGGGUUUGGCGGCGAUGAGAGGAGGUCGAGGGCGGUGGUGGCGUCAACAAUGAACAGAGCGGCGUUGGGGUUUAGGGUUUGUGAGAUGAUAUUGUGCUUGAUUUCAUUCUCGGUCAUGGCGGCUGAUAAGACUCAGGGAUGGACUGGUGAUUCCUUUGAUCGCUAUAUUGAAUACAGGUUUUGUGUAGCUGUGACGGUGAUUGGAUUUGCAUAUUCAGGUUUUCAAGCAUAUGAUCUAGCCUAUCAUUUGAUUUCCGGGAAGCAUGUUAUCUCUCACCACCUCCGUUAUCACUUUGAUUUCUUGAUGGACCAGAUUCUGGCAUAUCUUCUGAUGUCGGCAUCAUCAUCGGCAGCCACCAGAGUCAUUGAUUGGGUAUCGAACUGGGGGAAAGACGAGUUCACGGAGAUGGCUAGUGCAUCAAUCGGGAUGUCCUUCCUGGCUUUUGCUGCCUUUGCCUUGAGCUCCCUCAUAUCUGGUUACAACCUCUGCAACCGGGACAUUGCUUGAGCUCGAAACCAUUCUCAUUCUCCAUCCAUAUUUUUGAAUUGGUUCUAAAAUUGGGAGAGAAUUCUGCAAUUCAGUUCUCAGGUUUGUACAGAGGAAGAUAUUAUAUGAUAGAUUCAUUAGCAGUUUUUCUUGGUAAAUGUGGUAGAUUGAAUAGUUGUUUUUCUUAUUACACAUAAAGGGUGAAAACGAGAUUGUAAGUGAUAUGUUUCUUGCAUGAAUGUCUUUGGAAAUAAAAUUAUUCCCUUUUAUCUAACAUAACAUAAAAACCAUGUUGAUUUCAU